CUGGGCUGCCCAGCCAUGCUCUGGGCACUCUGGCCAAGGUGGCUGGCGGGCAGGGGGCUGCCCCUCUUGGGGGCAGUGCUGCUGCGGAAGAGAGAGAAGAAAGGACCUCAGUGGAGACACUGGCAGCAGGAAACCCACCCAUACUAUGACCUCCAGGUGAAGGUGCUGAGGGCCAGGAACAUCCGGGACACAGACCUGCUGUCCAAAGCUGACUGCUAUGUGCAACUCUGGCUACCCACAGCGUCCCCCAGCACCGCCCAGACAAAGACGGUGGCCAACUGCAGUGACCCGGAGUGGAAUGAGACCUUCCACUACCAGGUCCAUGGUGCUGUGAAGAACGUCCUGGAGCUCACCCUCUAUGACAAGGAUGUCCUGGGCAGUGACCGACUCUCCCUGCUCCUGUUUGACCUGAGGAGCCUCAAGCCAGGCCAACCGCACAGGCACACCUUCUCACUCAACCACAAGGAUUCACAAGAGCUGCAAGUGGAAUUUGUUCUGGAGGAGAGCCAGGUGCCUGCGUCUGAAGUCAUCACCAAUGGGGUCCUGGUGGCUCAGCCCUGUCUGAGAAUCCAGGGCACCCUUGGGGAACAUGGAACAGCCCUACAUCGAGAGUAUGGCCAUCGGCACAUCCAGCUGGCAGUGCCUGGCGCCUACGAGAAGCCACAGCUCUUGCCUCUGCAGCCUGCUGUGGAGCUGGGCUUCCCGCCCACUUUUACCUUCCACGUGAACCCAGUGCUAAGCUCCAGGCUGGAUGUGGAGCUGGGAGAGAAGCUCACCAUCCUGCAGAGCGGCCCGAGUGCUGAGCUGGAGUCCCAGGCCAGCAAUCUGGGCGAGGGGAGUAUCCUGCUCUCCUCUUUGCCCCUAGGCCAGGAGGAGCAGUGCUUCGUGGCCCUGGGGGAGGGCCAGGAGGUGGCGCUGAGUGUGAAGGCAGAAAUGAGCUCUGGGGACCUUGACCUGCGCCUUGGCUUUGACCUCUGUGACGGGGAGCAGGAGUUUCUGGACAAGAGGAAGCAGGUGGUGUCCAAGGGCCUGCAGCAGGUGCUGGGACUCAGUGGGGCUCCAGACAGUGACCAGGUGCCUGUGGUGGCUGUGCUGGGUUCCGGGGGUGGAACACGAGCCAUGUCUUCCCUGUACGGCAGCCUGGCAGGGCUGCAGGAGCUGGGCUUCCUGGACACUGUAACCUACCUCAGUGGUGUCUCUGGGUCCACCUGGUGCAUGUCCACCCUCUACAGUGACCCAGCCUGGUCCCACGUGGCCUUGCAGGGCCCCAUUGAGCGUGCCCAGGCCCGAGUCUGCAGCAGCAAGAUGGGGGCAGUGUCCACAGAGCGGCUGCAGUACUACGCCCAGGAACUGGGAGCCCGUGAAAGCAGCGGCCACAGCGUUUCCCUCAUCGACCUGUGGGGCCUCCUUGUGGAGUAUUUCCUGUACCAGGAGGAAAACCCAGCCAAGCUGUCUGACCAGCAGGAGGCAGUCAGCCAGGGUCAGAACCCUUACCCCAUUUAUGCCAGUGUCAACGUCCGCACCAACAUCAGUGGGGAAGACUUUGCGGAGUGGUGUGAGUUCACCCCUUAUGAGGUCGGCUUCCCCAAGUAUGGGGCUUAUGUCCCCACUGAACUCUUCGGCUCUGAGUUCUUCAUGGGGCGGCUGAUGUGGUCCCGUCCAGAGCCCCGGAUCUGCUACCUGCAGGGUAUGUGGGGCAGCGCCUUUGCGGCCAGCCUGAAUGAGAUCUUCCUGAAGACCACCGGCUCCGGCCUCAGCUUCCUGGACUCGUACAGGGGCAGCGUAAACAUCAUGGAUGACUCGCAGAAGCUCUGGCUGCACGACUCCUCCCAGUUGCACACAAGGCUCUUCACCCCCCAGGGGCCCUUCUCCCAGGCUGUCCUGGACUUGUUUACCUCCCGCUUUACCUCUGCGGAGAACUUUAACUUCACCCGGGGCCUCUGCCUACACAAGGACUAUGUGGCUUGCAGGGAGUUCAUGGCCUGGAAAGACUCACACCCAGAUGCCUUCCCGAACCAGCUCACCCCCAUGAGGGACUGCCUGUGCCUGGUGGAUGGGGGGUUUGCCAUCAACUCUCCAUUCCCACUGGCUUUACUGCCUCAGAGGGCUGUGGACCUCAUCCUGUCCUUUGACUACUCCUUGGAUGCUCCUUUUGAGGUCUUACAGAUGACAGAGAAGUACUGCCUGGACCGGGGAAUCCCCUUCCCCAAGAUCGUGGUGUGUCCGGGGGACUUGGAGGAACCCCGCGAGUGCUAUUUGUUUACUAAUGCUGAGGACCCCCGCUCACCCAUUGUGUUGCACUUCCCCCUCGUCAACCACAGCUUUCGCACACACCUGGCCCCAGGUGUGGAGCGGCAAACAGCUGAGGAGAAGGCCUUCGGGGACUUUGUCGUCAACAGGCCAGACACCCCCUAUGGCAUGAUGAACUUUACCUAUGAGCCCCAGGUGUUUGCUCGGCUGGUGGCCCUGAGUCGAUACAAUGUUCUGAACAAUGCAGAGACCGUGAGGCAUGCUCUCCGGCUGGCUCUGGACCGGCGGCAGCAGGCUGGGGAGAGGGCUGGGGGCUGACCUGGGCUGGAGUCUGAGGACUGUGAUUGAGAAGAGGGGACACACUCACACAUGCUCUCCACGCCCCAAGUGCCACAAUUCCUCUUUCAAGCAGGGGCGUGUCUGCUGGAAACCUCACUCGUCCUGACUGUGAGAAGAAGAGCCUGGUUCUGGCUCCCAACUGGGAGGAGGGUGGCCUGGCCUUGGACCCACAGCCCUCCAGCUGGACAUGAGCAGCAAGGGCCAGGGCCAUGCUUUGGGCUGUCAUGGGGUGAGGGGCACCUUGGCUCUCCUUUCCUCCCUCCUCAUUGCUGCCGCCUAUGACAGGUGCUGCUCCUGCCUCUGGGCUCAAUAGUAAGAGGUUUACUUUGGAGCAGCUCUGGGCUGGCACCUGAGCUCUGAUCAUUGUCAUCACCAUGGCCACCAUCAGUGCCUUGUUUACUGAGAGCCUCCAGUCCAUGCGUCGUCUUUAAUGCCUCUAUAGCCGCAGGGUAUCUCUGGCCCCUGGCAAGUAAGGCCUGAGCGGGCAGGCAUUUUGUCUGUUUGCUCACUGCUGUAUCCCCAGUGCCUAAAGCCGGGCUGGCACAUAGUAGAUCCUCAGCAAAUAUAUGACAAAUAAAUGAAUAGGAGUCUACAUUCUAAUGGGAUGGAUCAUUACACGCCAGUGUGAAAAGGGGUGUGACACUCUUCUCCAGUGUCUUGUACCCCAUUCGGGGCCAUGAACCCUUUCACAAAGCUGAUUAAGGCCACAGGCCCUCUCCCAAGACAAAUGCACGUAGAUAUGAAAAGUUGCACACAGCAAGUCUCCAUUUCAGCUAUGUGACCCCCACCCUCAGGGCCCCAGGACCAGCAAGGUUUGUGAAGAAAGUAGGGUGUGGCUUGGCAGAGCUGGCGGGGCCGUCAUUCACAUGGAGGUAUAGCAAUGCCACUUAGGGUGAGAUUAGGUUUGGGGUUAGGUCCAAUUAUUCCCAAGACGCAGAGGUGAUAUCAGCCAGGGGAUAAGGAAACAUUACCAGGAUUGCACCUGGAAUCCAAGCAGAUUAGGGGGAAGGGGUAGAGUCAAAGGUGACUUGUCCAGUUUGGCUCCUGCUCCAGGUGAGGAGGGACCUGUGUUUGCGCCCAUCUCUCCUUUCAAAUGCCUUCUGGCACCAAUUGCAAUGCAGUUCACCACAGUGCAGUCUUUCUGACCCUGACUACAGGAGUUAGACCAGAGUUCAUAGAUUCAAGGCAUCCCCCCCAAAACAAAAAUGAAACUCAUUGCUAUUGAGUCAAUUCCAACUCAUAGUGACACUGUAGGGUUUCCAAGGCUGUAAUCGUUACGGAAGCAGACUGCCAUAUCUUUCUCCCCCGAAGCAGCUGGUGAUUCGAACUGCCUACCUUUUGGCUAGCA